AUGGACCCAAGCUCUGCGCUUGAACAAACGACUCUAGAUGUUUCCAAUCUUCAGUCGGAAUUCAAAUACAUUCUGGACGAGAUAGGAACUUCCGACUUAAAGAUAUAUAAUCUUCGAAAACAGUGUCUGCAGUGGGAUUCCCAGUUACAGAAAAUUUACAAGCAACAUGGCUCGGGAGCUUCCGAAAAAUCGCGCGAAACUGAUCUGUGUGAAAAGAUAGGUCAUGAUUUGGUCGAGGCCCGAAAGCUCCAAGAAAACAAGUGUGUAUUGGCCAACACUGCAUUAUUUUCUGUCACUAAGCAUCUCACAAAGCUCCAAGAGGUCAUAAAGACACUAGAAGAGGAGGGACUACUGGCUCCUUUGGAAAAUGACGAAAAAGAAGCCGAAAGUGGCGGCGAAAACUCGCGGGAAAGCUCAGUUUUAUCAAGCACCGGCGAAGGACGUCGUAAGAAAAACGCUACUCCAGGACCUCUAAGACGCAAACGCAAAAGUGAGGGAACUCCAGUGGGUCGUCACAAAGACAGUUCACCGCCCACGGGCUCUACGGACCCCAACUUCGAUCUUCAAGAUUAUAACGACGAUCUAUUUUCCGGCUACAACCAGGCCGAGGAAGACGACAAACAACUGUAUUGUUUCUGCCAAAGUGUGUCCUACGGUGAAAUGGUGGCAUGCGAUGGACCGCACUGCAGAUUCGAGUGGUUCCAUUACACCUGUGUAAAUUUGAAGGAACCUCCGAAGGGCUCCUGGUAUUGUCCCGGUUGCAGACAAGAACUUGCGAACAGCAGGCUGAAGAAACGCAAGCUCUAG